AUGGACGUAUCAGAUAUCCCAAGUAGCCAAGAGACGGUUGAGGACCCUACGCUACCAGGCUCUUCAGCGGAAGGGGCCUCGAUAAUUCUUACACCAGAAAACGCUGAGGCGCGACUGGCGUUUAGUGAAGUCGCUGAGUGGUUGCGAGGACAGUCCGAAGACCCUCAACUCCAAGCUGCACGACAACAUACACAAAAGUGUAUGUGGUAUUCCUCGAAGCAGCAAAAUGAUCACGAGGUCGCCCGGUUACUUAGAACAGAAUCGGAAAACCUGUCAUCAUCAUCCCCAAUUUCAUCACCACGGGAUCCAAAACCAUCUUCCCGGUCAAAUAAGUCAGAAGGGCAUCUGAUCUGGAGAGGCCACUACUUCAUAUCGCUCGAUCAACCGCCUCGAAAUCCGUCGAGAGGAUGGGUAGUUGGUUCUUUGAGAGAUGCUCCUCAUAUGAACGAUAUCGUCCUUUGUUUACGUUCUGGCAACGACAAGAUGUACAAAGUCCGACGCAAUCAGGCUAUUCUCCAAAUAGAUGAAACAAGUUUUGUAUAUGUGCAGCCUAUGACCGACAGAUCCACCACGAUGGUUAACGGGGAUAGGAUCUCUGGGAAAAGAGUUUUCAACCAUUCAUCUGCCCAGCUAGCAUUCGGCUCCCUCUGCUACCGCAUCCAGUAUGCUAGGGGGUCUUAUGCCGACGACUACCCCAGCAGGGUCAAGCGUUACUUGGAUGAGCACCUCAACAUUGCAACCACUCUACUGGAGCUAUCGCUGACACCAACACCAUCUGAAAGCGGCUCCAUCACCAUCGGUCAAUGGACUAUCGGCGCAGGUACUGUUGGCAAAGGAGCAUCUGGAAUGGUCAGCAUCGCCUCGAAUGUCUCGGGCCAACGUGUUGCUUUGAAGAGAGUGCAGGUUGGAAGAGACAGAGAGCGUAUACAGAACGUUCAGACAAAGCUGGAGACUCUCGCUGCAUUAUGCCAGAGGAAGAAUGAAAACCGCUUACUGCGACUUAUCGAAGUUAUUACGGAUGACGUGAAAUCAGCGAAUAGGAUAGCAGACGUCUGGUUUGUUCAAGAACCAGCUGCCCAGGAAGUACUUUCAACUGCCCUCACCCGGGGGCUCUUCAAACAAGGUCAAGAGAGGAUAUCCAUCGUCACAACCGUUCUGGCAGACAUCCUCGGCGCCACAAACUUCCUCCAUAGACACCGCUGGAUACACGGCGAUCUCAAACCCGUCAACGUCGGCAUUCGUACUUGGACCAGCGAGUGCAUAUCCGUGGUGUUGCUCGAUCUCGACGAUGCAGAGGAAAGCCCUUUUCCAGGACGAUAUCAUCUCGCUCGGCCUGGGACCGGCGGAACGAUCGGAUGGCUAGCACCUGAGCGGGAAAUGACGGGGUAUGACGAGCUAGCUGAUAUCUGGAGUAUCGGCGUCAUGGGUAUUGAGAUGAUUUCAGGGCAGCAUCCGUGGCGACAGGUCAAGAAUCCUUGGAGACCUAACCCUGAAGCUAGUCAGUUGCAGAAAGAGUUUCACGAUAUGUAUGGAGAAGCUCUAGAUACUUUAAACAAGCUUCAUGACGAGGCUUUGAGAGAGGCUGUUCUUGGCAUGGUGCGGCAUCCGUAUGCUGAGACGUCGGCACAGCGCGAAUCAAGACUUACGGUGAAAGAGGCCCUGAAGAUUCUGGGUUAUGGUGAAGAUGAUGAAAACGAUAGCAAGCGACAAAAACGGCUUUGA